CUCCGCAGGUGGAACCUGCGUCACGUGAUGAGGCAGCCUGCUGCUGAGUCACUGAGCUUCCAGCUGUCUGCAGGUGCGAUUUUUGAGGAGAACGCCGCGCGGGACGAUGAGGUGUUCCAGCUGGCCGUGUCGGACCUCAGUCUGAGCGACGACAUCCUGCACAGCGAGAAGAUCACACACUCCAUUAAACUCAUCGAGCCCAACAACCCGUUCCAGGCGGUGCAGGAAGCCUGCGAGCUGAUGAACCAGGGCAUCUUGGCGUUGGUGACCUCCACCGGCUGCGCCUCAGCCAGCGCUCUGCAGUCGCUGACGGACGCCAUGCACAUCCCGCACCUGUACAUCCAGAGGAACAGCGACGGCUCGCCCAGGACGGCCUGCCAGUUCAACCCGAGCCUGCAGCGCUACACGCUGGCCGCUCGGCCGCCCGUCCGCCUCAACGACGUCAUGCUGACGCUGGUGGAGGAGCUGCGCUGGCAGAAGUUCAUCGUUUUCUACGACAUCGAGUACGAUAUCCGCGGCCUGCAGGGUUUCCUGGACCAGACGUCCCGUCAGGGGGUGGACGUGGCUCUGCAGAGGGUGGACCGAAACAUCAGCAAAGUCUUCACCAACCUSUUCACCACCAUGAGGACCGAGGAGCUGAACCGGUACCGGGACACGUUACGCAGAGCCAUCCUGCUGCUCAGCCCCCAGGGGGCGCACACCUUCAUCCAACAG